ACCUACUGGACCUUGUAUGGCUGGUUUUCUACUGUCCAGCAAACUUCAGUUCCUUCAGCCCGACUGCCUUCCUCUGCCCGGAGGGCCAUUUCUGCCUGUCUGGGGCUGCCCACCCCACUCCGUGUCCCACUGGAGAAUAUCAGCCCAACCGAGGCUCGGCACAUUGUCUCCCCUGCCAAUCUGGUUUCUACUGCCAUGAGGCUUCUCCUGGGGAACCCAAGCACUGCCCACCACAUUCUUAUUGUCCUGAAGGUACUUUGGUUCCCCUCCCAUGUCCUGAUGGCACCUUCAGUUUUCCAGAUGUUUUUGGGCUACGUAAAGAGAGAGAUUGUCUUCCUUGCUCCCCUGGUCACUACUGCAGGAGAGGUCAGAUGGAAGGACCAUGUGCUGCUGGCUUCUUCUGCCAAGAGGGAAGUUCUGAUGCCACGCCACAGGGUUACAACUUCACUUGGACUCCCCUGGCUGAUUGUCUCUGGGGAGAAAGUUGUGCGGGUCCUUGUCCAGCAGGAUUCUACUGCCCAGAAGGCUCAGCAGCCCCUGUUCCAUGUCCAGAUGAUACCAUAGGUUCUCACCCAAGUGCCAAGCAAAAAGGAGAUUGUCUGCCUUGCCCACCAGGUCGUUGGUGCAAAAAAAGAUUUCCCAUGGUUUUUCCGUGUCCCUUUGGAUCCAACUGCCAAGGAAUGAAUCUCACCAAUCCCCUGGGGCCACGGACCCUCCAACAAUGUCCCAAGCAGACUUUCCGAAAAGAACUUGAGACCGAGGGACAACCAAAUUACCAACUCUGCAUUUCAGAAUGCCAGUGUCCUCCAGCAGGAGCCACCCUCCUCAGAGAGUACCCUUGUGCCCCAGGACACUGGUGCCCAAGCAGAAAAGAAGCUUUUCUUUGUCCACCUGGUUCCUACAGGACUCAGCCUGGAGCUACAUCUUUGGAAGACUGCUUGCCCUGCCCACAUGGAUUUUUUUGUCCAGAUCCAGAAAAGUCAGGAGUGCCAAACAUUCUUGGACUACCUUGUGAAGCAGGCUAUGAAUGUCCACUAGGUUCAUCUCAUCCUUCCAAAUGCCGUCCUGGCUCUUUGUGUGCACCCCGUACAGGAAUUCCACCUCUGUGUCCAGCGGGAUAUUAUUGCCCUGAAGGUUCAUCGGUGUAUGAGAUCUUUGGUCAGCUGUGUGUCUAUCCCUACUACUGCCCUCCUGGAAGUGUCCAACCACAGCUGUGCCAAGCUGGUUAUAUAGCCCUGAAUGUGUCGAGUCUCAGGGACUCCUCAGAGAAAUGUUGCAAAGCCUGUGAUGCAGGGACCUACAAGGACAAUCUGGAUUCCCACCUACCCUGUUUGCCCUGCCCAGCGGGAUUCAGCUGUCCUUCAGGCACUGCAAGUUUCCUCCAGCAUCCUUGUCCACAGGGAUAUUUCUGUCCUCCCCAGACCUCUUCUCCUGUCCCUUGCCCCCCAGGCACCUAUGGGAACAGCAGCCUUGCAAAGUCCCUAGAGGAAUGCAACCUCUGCCCUGCUGGUUUUUUCAAUCACAUCCCUGCCCAAACUGGCUGUUUUCCAUGCGGGAGCUCCUCAACAUCACGAGAAGGUGCGACUAAUUGUACCUGCCUUGGUUUACACCGGAGUUUUCAGGAAUCAGAUGGCUCUUGCAUCUGUCAAGCAGGAUAUCUAUAUUAUGAUGAAAGAGGGGAAAAAAACUCAGAUAGCAACAGCAACCAAGAUUGCCAACCACAGAUAGAGGAGCGCUGUGCACCAGGGCAGAUCCGCCUGGCAUCCACCCGCAAAUGUGUCACCCCUGAACUGUAUAACUGCUCCCUAGUUUGUAACCCAGGGAAUGGAGAACUUCACGCCGAGCUUGGCAUAUGUCACUGUGAGAGGUACAUCUCCGCCGAAGAGCUCUGCGAUCAGCUCUGCUUGCUACGAUCCCCUAGGCUUUCCCUCAAGUUUGGCCCAGAAAGAGAGCUGCUCCUCACCAUCAAGGGGGCUGAAGAACGAGAGAUACCAAAUAUUCUUGGACCAGAUCAUCACAUUCAAGAAAUCCAGCAGGUCCAUUUAACUGUCUUUGGCCCCAGUGGUGUCUUAGGCUUCCUUCCUUCCAACCCAGACAUGAUUGAUAUUUUCCUAUCAGGAGAUUCACCACCAAGGUAUCGGCGGGAUACAUCACACCAACAUUUACCUACCAUCCCAAAUCCUGUUGCGUGUUUGGUGGCGGGAGAGGCUAUAUUUUUCCAGCUCAGCAUUAAUCCCUCCAAUCGGGCUUCUAGCCACUACCCUGUCUACCAGAAGGAACAUCUUUAUAAUAGCAACCCCCACUGGGAUUUUGGUGCAUUCAGAAGGCUGGACUACCUCAUCCGAGAGACCCAGCUCAACAUUUCCAGGUUCAGCCAUGUAUUUCUAGAACCUGGAACCUACGUGUUUCGGGAUAAUGCUGUUGAAAGCCGGAUGCUCAUUGUGGUAGUGAAAGAGCAAAGCUUGGGAUGUAAUCCUCACACAGCUUCCUUCCAGCCUUCCUCUCCAUAUCAGCUGGGUCGGUAUGGAGUCUUGAAACACCCAGUGGUGAAUAUUGCCCCUGAUUGGCCAACUAUUGCAGUUGUCCUUUUCAUCUUGGGCUUCGUCGCCGUGCUGUUGACUGCCCUCUUUUUCCUACUGAGGCCCUCCAGCUGCCCUCCAAACCCAAUGAAGAUGUGGAAGCCCCGAUGGAGGAGUUUAGGAGAGUAUCACAUCCCGCCAGAGUAUGUGCUUAUUAAAGAGAGCCUCCGAUUCAGCACAACCCUUGGACCUCAAAACUUUGGAGAAGAACUGGAUGUCAGAGAAGAAAGCUUUCCGGGAUUAUGCGGUAACCAGUUUGCAGUGAAAAAUCUGGAAGACUUCAGUGUUCGCACCUUGUAUGACAAACUGGAAGAUCAGAAUUUGCAUCUGGCAUCCCAGCUUGCGAAACACCGGGCUGAAGUCUCCGUGUUUUAUCGAGGAAUCAGUCAGAAAAUUCAAAGUCUUUGGGAUAUGAUACAGGAAGUGGAUUUGAACAAGCUGAAGGGUUCUGAAGAGGACAUCUCAAAUAAGGGGACCCAAGAGAGUGAGAAUUCUCUAACUAAAUCAUCAGGGGUCUUGAAAGCAAUGGGCUACUCAGGCGCCGAGUGGCAGGAGGCAACUGAGUUAAUGAAAAUCCUGGGAAUUUUGCUGCAAAAAAUCCAGUAUCAGAAAAUAGCCAUGAAACAAGAAAAGGCCUACAAACAGGAUGAUGGUAAGGAUCUCAGUCUGGAGAAAAGUCAACAGGUUGCAGCUGAGAAGCAAUGCAUGGACACUCACUUUCUGCAACAGCUCUUGCUAAAAAACAGUGGAAUACGUACUUCCUCCUCCUCCCAUAGGUGUAAAGAUGAAGGAGCAAAUGGAGAAGAUGACAACCAUCUUUCUUUGGGGACCAGCAAAAAUACCUUGGUCACCACGAACAUGGCUAGUUUAUCACCCCAGCGAUUUGUGGUUUAUCGUUUUGGCUGCACAGUGGCACACCUGAUGGGAAGAGUCUUCUCCUUGCCAGCAUUGGUACUCCUAUUGGCUGAAGCAAUCCCUCAACAGUACUCCAAAGGAGAUCAGAAAGCCACCUGGCUUACCAAAGAUUGGUACUACGAUGCUAAUAACCAUUUCGUCUACAUUCUUUCAUCCCACCUGGAGAAUGCUGGGGUAUUUGUGGCAGUGUUGCUGAAUGCCAUGGCACACAUCAAAGCAGGCCCCAUGGAAGUCAACCACAUUACCCUUGGAUUUUGGAAAGAGCUCAACAAAGGCAUCACAGCUCUGGCAAAUGCUUUUUUCCACUGUUCCUGGGACGGAGUGGAGAUAACAGAGAAGGAAACUCCAGAAAAAAAGGAGAAGCGCUGUUGA